AUGCAAGAAGACACUACUACUAUCUCAAGUAUCAAGGCAUCUAUGCUGAAGACACUACCACGAUCUCAAGUAUCAAGGCAUCUAUGCAGAAGACACUCCUACGAUCUCAAGUAUCAAGGCAUCCAUGCAGAAGACACUACCACUAUCUCAAGUAUCAAGGCAUCUAUGCAGAAGACACUACCACGAUCUCAAGUAUCAAAGGCAUUAUGCAGAAGACACUACUACGAUCUCAAGUAUCAAGGCAUCUAUGCAGAAGACACUACUACUAUCUCAAGUAUCAAGGCAUCUAUGCAGAAGAAGACAUCUGCUGAAGACACUCCACGAUCUCAAGUAUCAAGGCAUCUAUGCAGAAGACACUACCACGAUCUCAAGUAUCAAGGCAUCUAUGCAGAAGACACUACUACGAUCUCAAGUAUCAAGGCAUCUAUGCAGAACUACCACGAUCUCAAGUAUCAAGGCAUCUAUGCAGAAGACACUACUACUAUCUCAAGUAUCAAGGCGUCUAUGCAGAAGACACUACCACGAUCUUAA